CGAUCAUUGCACUUCCCCUCAAGCAUCCCCACACGACACAGGGCUCACAGGCGGCAGCAGUAUUGAAUGUGUGAGUGAGUGUGUGUGAGAGAGAGGGAGAGUGCACAGCAUCACUAAAAUAUGACCAUUAGAAACGCUAUCCGGGAUCAUGGACAGAGGUACCGACCACGGAUGGCUUGCCUCAAGAAGGCGGAGAAGGUGCUGCUGGAGAUGCAGGACCCCAGAACGGGAGUCAAGUCUCAGCCGCAGAGACUGGUCAUCACAACGAUACCACACGCCAUCACCGGCGAAGACAUAAUUGUGUGGCUGGUGGACAGAUUCCAAGUAGACGCGCAAGAGGCGAGGAGUUUUGGCUCCACGCUCGUGGCGCUGGGAUACAUCUACCCUCUGCAGGACCACAAGCGUUUAGUGAUCAAGCCAGAUGUGUCCCUGUAUCGCUUCCAGACACCAUAUUUCUGGCCCACGCAGCAGUGGCCUGUCGAGGACACAGAUUAUGCAAUCUACCUGGCGAAAAAGAACAUACGUAAGAAAGGGAUCCUGGAAAUCCACGAGCAGGAGCAGUACAACCGUCUUCACAAGUGGAUGAAUCAUAAAUGGGACUUCAUAGUGAUGCAAGCCAAGGAGCAGUACAGAGCUGCAAAGGAGAGGAAGAAGCCGGACCGUGUGGUGUUUGACUGUCAGGAGAGAGCCUACUGGGUGGUUCACAGACCUCCGCCGGGGACAGUGAGCGGCAUGGACUACGGCCUGGAGCGGCGAAUCGAUCCCAACGCGGACGAGACAAAAACACCUGACUUCUACGAGAGAAUCAUGAUCUUCACCCAGCAGUCCAUCAUGAGGCCCCGAGUGAAGUCAUCUGUGUCCAUCGGAGCACUGGUGAAAUACUGCACCACCUACUACGGCCACGACCCCUUCCUCUCCAAGUGUCUCCCCAGUAACCCCUGGCAAACUGACGACCCCACGUACUGGACCUUGAACAUGCCCAAUGUGGAAAUACCAACUAAAAUGCGGGUGGAGAGGUGGGCGUUCAGCUUCGGAGAGCUUCUCGCCGACCCCAGAGGACGAGAUGAUUUCAGACUCUUCCUGAAGAAAGAAUUCAGCAGUGAGAACUUGGCAUUCUGGGAAAGCUGCGAGGAUCUGAAGUGGGGCACUGCAGCAACGAUGAAAGAGAAAGCAGAGCAGAUUUAUAAGACCUUCCUGGCGCGAGGCGCACCGCGGUGGAUCAACAUCGACGGAAAGACGAUGGAGAUCACGGUGAAAGGCCUGAAGCACCCUCACAGAUACGUGCUGGACGCAGCCCAGACUCACAUCUACAUGCUCAUGAAGAAGGACAAGUACGGGCGCUACGCUAAAUCUCCGCAGUAUAAGGAGACGUGGAAAAAGGCCAUCAGCCCCGACGAGCACAAGUUCAGUGACUCACAGUUGGAGCAGAACGCCAGGAACAGGCGGCCCAGCCUCAGCCCCAUCGUCCUCCGGCAGAUGGAGGAGGAGCAGAGGGCCAAGAUGGCCGCCAACGCCCCCGUCGACAUCACGCAGCUGUGCCGCUUCACCACUCCCGUCCCCCACCUCGCCGUCUACUCUGGCAUCACCGACUCCCCCUCUGCCAACGCCUCGCCCUCGUUCCCUUUCCUGUCCCACACCCCGGCCUGUCCGUCCCCCAUCAGCGUGGCCAUAGACAGCAACUCGGCCUCUGAGCGCCGGGCUGAAGGCGGCGAAGAGGACGGCGAGGGGAAACCCGAGGCCCGCGGCCCCCCGGGAGCAAACAUCUCCAAAUCCCGCGUGGCGCUGUCCCUGCGGCGUUUCCUGAAGCGAGGCUGCGCGCCCUCGGCCAUGUUCGCCAGCCUGUCGCCGAAGUGCCACUCAGCGGCCGGGACGAGCAGCCGCAUCCAGCCGAUCAGCCCGGAUGAGCCCAGCCACGCUCCGCCCAGGAGGAUCGGCAAUUUUUUCCAGAUAAAAGUGGACAUUCCCCCAGAGUGCCGCAUCUACCCGAUAGACUCUGAGGACGAGGAUGAGGAGAACAGGUCUGCCUCUAGAGGAGGAGUGGGAGCCAAAGAGAUCAUUUGCCCCUGGGAGAGCCUCACUCCACAGAACGGGACGGGCUAAUGUGUGUGGUGGUUUAUACAGGUGGCCACAAAUCUACGGGACCACGCUACAGUGUGAGAUAAAUGUCAAAUCGCUUGAACUAAAGGUCAAAGAACCCUUCGAUGUGGGCCACAAGUAACGGGUCAGACAACUGAACGCCUGUUGGCUUGAAAGAGCCCUGCGUUGAAGAGGUUGAGGUUAUAACCCCCCUCCAAUGUUUCACCAAAGUAUGGUUCAACACACAGUUUUUAUUCCCAGUUAUUUGCACAUGCACCAAUCAGCCACAACAUUAAAACCUCUGACAAGAUAAAGUUAAUAACAUUGACCUUGAUACAAUUCAGUGUUUUCACAGAUACUUGACCAAACUGGUCAAGUGGAUUCGACUUGACCACACUGGUCAAGUAUCUGUGGGAUGAUCCACAGAGGCCCCUCCCUUCAACCCACAGGACCCAACGACUCCCACUAACAACAAUGUGUUGCCAGUAGAGAUGGGAUUUAAAGCUAAGGCCAACCGAUGUUGUGGAUCCGUUCUUUUCAAAGAGCCGUUCCAAAAGACUCGCUUUUUUUGAUAUUUAUUUUUAAGAUGCUAGUCUGGAGGUAACUAUUUUUUAUCUGGGAAAUAAUCAGUAAGUGGAAUGAUGGGGUAAGAUUUAGCUCAGAAUCAUUCAAUCUUAAACAUUGCACCAACAACUCGCAGCAGCGACUUGGUUCCCAUUGGUCAUUCCAAAGAGCCGGUCAAUAGAUUCGAUUCAUUUGCAAACGUCACAACUCUUUCUGAAUAUUGGCUAUUUGGUAUUUUGUAAAAGUCCGUAAAAGCUCCCAGGAAAACACUGAGGACACAUGAAUCCACACCUUUCAAGCCAACAGGCAAAAACCAAAAAAAAAGUUUGACUCUCAAAACAUCGGUUUCUAGUGGAGGUACCCCUUUUACUGCCUUUUACUCCUAACAGGGGCCUCUCUGCAACAGGACAGCAGGGUGCAUGAAGGUUUGAGUGCUCUUGAAACUACUGGAGCUGUAGCUUUCACACGCAAACCUCAUUCUGUACGUGUUAAUGAACUGUAGCCUUAUCCGCUUUCAAACACGUGGGAGAUUUGUUUGAUUUUGUCUCCUGCAAAAAAGACCUUUUAUUAUUAAGAGCCACAACAUCCACGACAGGAAAUAAAUGUGUUAAAUAAACUAUUUUUUUUUUGUGGCUGCCAAGGAGCAUAAGGAACAGCAGCGCAUUAGUGUUUACAGCCUAGAUAUAGUGUUGAGCCAAAGCAGACAGACACCUGUAGACUCUGCUUGUACACAUGUCUGCUGAAGAUGUAUCUCUAUAUUUAUAGAAGUAGAGAAGUGUUCCUGUGCCGCAAAAUAGACUUAGACGUCUCAUCCCCAGCUUACCUCUGACAAGCAGUGUGUGAAAUGACGAAAAUAAGAGCACAUGGACUGCUCCUUAGCUAUUUUUGUUUGCUAAUCAGAUGCACAUAGUUUUGUAUUUGGCUCUACUGUUUUUUGUAACCGUGGUGUGCACUGUGCACUGUUCCGAGCGAGGUGUUAAUAUUUUCCCCUCCUGUGGAGGAGGGACCGUCCAAGUAACUGUCAGAAUGUAUUUAUUGACCAUGUUUACAGAUGCAAGAAUGUGAAAAAUACCUUAAAUUUGUUGUAUUUGAUUUGUACAUUUCAUGGCUUGUGUCAAGUGCCUCAAUAAAUGAUUGUCUUUAAAAAAAAAAAAA